GGUCCACCAGGAACCGGAAAUAAGGAGAGAAGAAGGAGAGCUAGCGCUAUAGGGACAGCCAGGUUUCGGCUAGAUUGUUUUCCCCUUCCCUAUAGCUUCUUUAAUCUCCAUUUCUUCUUAUAGUGGAAACAUUCAAGCAGCCAAGAUGUUCAACAGAAUGACAAGUCUGUGGAUGGGCGAUUUAGACCCAUACAUGGACGAAAAUUUCAUCAAGCAAGCUUUCAGCACCAUGGGGGAGACGGCCUACGGGGUUAAAAUCAUAACCCAUCGGGUAACAGGCGGCUCUGCAGGAUAUUGUUUUGUGGAAUUGGCAGAUGAAGCCAGUGUUGACCGGUGUGUCCAGAGGCUCAAUGGCAAGCUCGUUCCAGGUUCAAAUCCUCCCAGAAAGUUCAAGCUGAACUAUGCAACAUAUGGGAAAAGGCCUGAGCCUGGGCCGGAGUUUUCAGUCUUUGUCGGAGAUCUGACUCCAGAAGUCGACGAUUAUCAACUAUAUCAGUUCUUUCUGAAAAAAUACCCUUCGUGCAAAGGAGGCAAAGUUGUCACUGAUCCCUACGGAAAUUCAAAGGGCUACGGGUUCGUGAAGUUCGGUGACGAAAGCGAGCAGAAGAAAGCCCUGGAGGAGUUUCAGAAUGCUACCGGUCUGGGAGGCAAAGCCAUCAGAAUCAGUAUCGCGGUCAACAAAAGCAACAAAUCAAACAACUACCACAACCAGACUCAGAACUAUAACAGCAGUUACCAGCAGCAGUACUAUCAGCAGCCCUACAACAACUACUACCAACACUGGGGUUACGAUCAAUACAACAGCUACAACUACGGUUAUAAUCCGUAUGCAAUGCCUCCUCCUGUUCCUCACGGGAUGAUGGGACCCCCUCCGCCAAUGGGAAUGCCCCCUGUGCCCCCUGACAUGCAGACAACCACAGAGCAAUCCACUGAUGCCACUGAAGAGGCUGAGGAGGAGAAUGAAGAGCCGAACCCCCCGAUGGACGUGGAGACACUGAACAAGCAGUACAUGGAGCGCAGCGAGGAGCUCUAUGAGUCGCUCAUGAACUGCUACUGGCAGCCUUUGGAUUGCAUCACGUCUGAAAUCUCAUAGUGAAGUUUGUCCCGAUCAUCCAGAUCUCCUUUCUGUAAAUGUCCACGCCUUUCUACCCAACUCAAAACAAACGUACACACUCGGUCUAUUUCAUGUGGAAGCUGCUUUGUAUUUCUGUCUGAUUUCCUGCAUCAUUUAAAUAAAGAUUUCUUCUUUUUAGUA